AUGGGCAGGGGAUUAUAUAGUGGCAGUUGUUCUUCGAUCUGCUGGGUCAGACUCAGCCAACUCGCUGGCACGUUAUCACCCUUGUGUUCGGGCCGGAGGGCUAGAAAGCUGAGACUUGUUCGUCCGAAUCUCUCGAAACGCUUAUUGAGCACAGUCAAGCUCGACUCCGCUGAGGAUUGGAGGGGCGAACACACAAAGUUCUUCUUCUUCUGGUCCACCAGGAUUGAUGGUCUGACAGAGAGAAGUAGAGAGAGAGAGGAGGAAGGAAAGAGAGCAGUGCACGUUCGUAGAGGCUUCGGGUUAAAAGAUUAUAAUGGCGGUGCUGUUGGGGAUCGCGUGAUGGGCGGCAACCAACUUGCUUGUCAAGAGAAGGGUUUGAGGUUGAGCCCUGCUCUCCACACACACGCUGACGCCCAUAAAGAACGAAAACCCGGCAAGGCCUGUCCGAACCGCACCCAAUUGCGCCCGAGACAGGUAGAAGUAUCCAUGGAACCACACACGUAG